CGCCUUCCCCUCAGAAGGGCAGCGGGACCAUGGGCGCGAAGCAGAGCAGCCCCACCGCCGCCAACGGCCGCACCCGGGCGUACUCGGGCGGGGAUUUACCUUCCUCCAGCGGCGGCGGCGCUAACGGGACCGGCGGGCGGGCGGCGGGCGGGCGCUACCCGCACCUGGCGGCGGCGCCACACGGCGCUCCCGGCGGAUCGGCGGCGGCGGCGGCGGGAAGCGCGGCGGGCACUGCGCCCCGCAGCAGGUCCAUGGGAGGUGCCGGCGCCGCGGCGGCCCGCUCCGCGCAGUCCGCCUUCAACAUCCCCCACAGCAGCGGCCCCUACGGCUCGCAGGACUCGGUGAGCAGCACCCCGGAGGAGGGCGGCCGGGAGCGGCCCGCGGGGGGCGGUGGAUCGGCCGGCGGGCCCCGGCUGGUGAUCGGCUCGCUGCCCGCGCACCUCUCGCCGCACCUGUUCGGAGGAUUCAAGUGCCCUGUAUGUUCAAAAUUUGUAUCUUCUGAUGAAAUGGAUUUACAUCUCGUGAUGUGUUUGACAAAACCAAGGAUAACCUACAAUGAGGACGUGCUGAGUAAAGAUACUGGGGAGUGUGCAAUAUGCCUGGAAGAGCUGCAGCAGGGAGAUACUAUAGCACGGCUGCCUUGCCUCUGCAUAUAUCAUAAAGGCUGCAUAGAUGAAUGGUUUGAAGUCAAUAGAUCUUGCCCUGAGCAUCCAUCAGAUUAAGGGAAGAUUCGUGUUCUUAGCUGCUUCCACUGGUCAGAAAACAUAGGAGAUCUGAGGUUCCCUUGCUGAACACAGCGUGCCUGGCCUGAGAGUAACUGUUCUUUGUGGCUGAAAAAGGCAAAGAUGGACAUUGACAUGGAAAAAGCAUUGUGGACACCACUUACUUGCCAGUAGUGCUCAGUAUACCAAACACUCAUGCAAAGGACACACAGGGAUUUUGAAAAUGCUGCACACUCUGUAACAAUCUACUCCCCCUAACAGACGCUAUUGACACUAUUUUGUAUGGAAGGCCAAAGUUCCUAAUUUCAGCCUAACUUCUGGUUCUGUGAAGAAGCAGGUUAUUGGACACGUUUCCUGCUGCUUCAAGUGGAAGCUGAGACGUUCGAUACGUGCUGUCUGAGACCCUUGCAGGAGGGUGGCCCCAUUUUUGAGUGGGAACAUGUUCACCUUCUUGUUGGCUGAAGAAGAGUAAAUGGCAAAUUUAAGUGUAAUCUAACAGCGUGACCUUAUUUCCUGAAUUCACACCCUAUUUUAUGUUCUUCACUUUUACAAGAACAGAAAACAUAAACUUCUCUGCACAGGAAUACGUCAAAAUUUUCUAAUUAAACCUUUGUCACAAUGCAGUCCAAAGAGUAAAUCUGAGACAGGUAACUAAUUUAUAUUGAUCCAAGCUAUAGGAAUUGUUGAAAUCUGCACAUUGUAUUGCUAUUGCAGUAACUAAAACUUCUCUUACACUGCUUGUGAGUAAAAACCAACAAACAAAAAAAGCAGCAAAGCAAAAUCUUACAGCUAUGCAACUUUUUUUUAGUAGGAAAAAAAAAAGGAGAAUUACCAAUUUUAAGUGCUGCCAGUUAAGGUAAUUUGUUUAACGGGUAUUUUUUUAAAAAUGUUUCAGGUAAUUAUUUUAUUGUACUACUCUCAUCUCCAGGCUGCCUCCUGAGGUGGAAAUGAAUAACUGCAAAUGUGGGCACAGCAAGAGGGUUUUUGUUAGUGAGCAUGGGUGAGAUAACAUCCAGGUGGGAUUUGUGUUUAGCUUUUAAAACACAGUUUUUAAUGUGCAAGUUUUUCUUUGUUUCCUUGUUUGAAUGUUUUUUUUAUUUGAUGGCAGGAUUUGUAGUACUUUGCAAUCUAAAUAAUUGGUCUCUUCAUGUGGAGGCUGACAUUUGACAGUGUGGUUUGUUUUCUUUUUUAAAAAGGCACCUGCAGUUGUUUAAUUUAUUAUUAUUUUACUGUAUUAUACUGGUAUAACCAAGGCUCCGUGGAUCACCAGCUGUCUGCAGGGGGCACACCAAGGAAAACUUGUGGAUGAGUAUUAGUUUCCAUAAAGUAUUGCAGUUCCAAAAAGAGAAAGGGGAAGGAAAAAAAAAAAAGACAAACUGGAAGAGAUAUCAGGGCUUAGAAGGAUAACUUUUAUAUCCAGAAUCAAUCAUAGCAGUAUCUGAAUUUCACAGUGCAGGGAAGAGUUCAUGAAUAUUUAUUUGUGACAGCAGUUUUAGUGGGUUUCAAUAGUGAAAAUAAACUGCACAGUUCAAACUUUUUUCUUGUACAUACAUAAUUCUGCUCUUUUGGUUUUUGUUUCAUACAUGUUUCUGUUGUUACUGUGAUUCAUAUCAAAAAGGGCAAAGGACAGGAGCUGCUAUAUGGGAGAACAAGUGCAGUACAUGUUAGUAGACUCCCAUGUCUUGCUUGCAGAGCAAUUAUUUCCUGGGUAACAGUUUUCCCUGAAUUUUGCACUGUAAAAUGCCAUUAUUAUGCUGCAGAAAGAAAGAAAAAGAGUCCAAACUAGAUUGUUUUCUUAGUUGAUGAUGCUGUUUCUACGUUUUUGGGCUUCCAUCACCAGUUUCAGCUGAACCUGUAACUGUGGGGCCCUGCUGUGUUCUCUUUUUCAGUGGAAGCAGAACCAUUUUGUCACGCUUUAAUUCUGAAGUCAUAUCACAUGUACAGUAGUUCCCUGCACGAUUUCCUUUUUAGCCAAGAAAUGUUGUGUUGCCUUGUAUUGUCACAGGGGGUGGGGAGUAGGAAGAAUUACAGCACCUGUAACACUCACAGUGGUGUUGCCUGCAGGCCCACUUUUCCAGUGUUCUAAAUUCCUACUGUCUUCUGAAGUUGAAGAUGUUGCAUUUGCAUUGAUUUGGUGUUUGCUGCUGGCUUCAUGCCUGCAGAAACGUGAUGUGUACCGCGGGUAGGUUAGUGUUUGGGUGUUCUGUGCUCCAAGGUCGUAGAUGGUCUUUGGCUUGGGAAUUAAGUAGAUAGAUAUUCUAAACAUAAAUUUGUUUACAACUUAAGCUUGAUUUUGGUAGUUCGUACCUCUAGUUCAUUUAUUGCCAUUUUGAGCACCUGUAUUUUCUGCUUUCAGAUGCAAAUAGAUUGCUUAAAGACCCAAUAGUUAGAACUGCUGUCCUGUGCUGAGGGUCAGUGUUUGAAAAGCAUGCCACUAGCGUGGUUUUGCUGGGAAGGAGUCUGCUCCUGCUUCCAUCAGCACAGUAGAGCUGCACUACUUCAUAUUGUUUGAGGAACUGAUACGGGGGGCAACCUUAGAUGCUGGUUUUGCAUUCUUGGUAUCUGUAAAUAUCUUCUGAAAGCCUAUGAAAGGUUUUCUUCUAUCAAAAUGUGUAAUAUAGACCAAGCCAAGAAUGACGUGGAAGCAUGAGAUCGAUGUUUGACUCUGAAAAUGCCUGUGGAAAUUCACCUUUGUAAGUGUUCUCUCACCAGCUGUGUCAGUCAGUUGGAGAUGCUCAUUGUAGGCAACACCUUCAUUUUAACAACAACCUCACAGUGGUCCUGAAUCGUUGUGCUUCAGGAGGGAAAAAUGAACAUCAAACAAGUCUUGUGUCUCAAUCAAGGAAUACCGCACUUGUCCACAAGAAGCAAUAACUUCUAUUUUGGUGCGAUAUGCUUCUUUGCCUGUAAAUAUAUUAAAAUUGCCAAGUCUGUGCUGUUUCAGAGUAUUUGAGUCAUCUGACCUAUAUCUUCCCUAAGUAAGUAAGGGUAUGAAAUAAUUCCCACACUCAGGUCUGCCAUAAACAUGCUGACAUGCUGCUUGCCAGAGGGGAAGAAUAGACUCGACGCUGUCCUGAAAUGUGAGGUUUUUUGAGCUUGUAACAUACCUACGUGUGUUGAGUAGCAAUUUGUGUUCCGAAGCUCUUAGUGGAGGAGGCUAUGAUUUGAGCUGUGUGCAGCUGUCCUCUAUACAAUGCCAAGAGAGCCACGCUACUGUCAGCACGGGGCACUGGUUGUCUCUUUUAAAUCUGUAUCUCCCUAAUGCCAUUUUCUUUAGGAAGUAGUUAAGUGAAUUUUCUUUCAACAUGUACUUCAGACAUUGUGAGUUCAGUGAUGGGGGAGGGAAAAGAAAAACUUGAAGCCCACCACAGAUUUGUGGUUUAUUCUGGAAGAAUAAAGCGUAAAACAUCGUCUUACUUGUAAUCAAUUUAAUUUUCAUAUUCAAGGGUAAGUGUACUGCAGUAUAUUGAAGUGGAAAAUGUAGGUAAGGUACGAAGGUGUGGGUGGAUUCUUGUGACCUGUUUCUUCCCCUUCUUCUCCCCCUUUAUGAUGUAAAUGAGGUUUUACAGCUUAGUUUCCAGAUUUAUGUAUUAAUCCUAGCUCCUAACACUAGAAGCAGCACUGGCUUUUUAAUUAAGUCUUUGCUGAGAGUCUGGGGACUUCCAGCAGACUAAAAUGUCAGCAAAUGUGGAAAAUAUCUUUUUCUUCUUUUUUCAGAACCAUGGAUCUUUGUGUUGCUGUUUAUGGAUGGCUAGUGUCUAAUAGCUGAGAUGUGUUUAUGGCCUUUUCCAUUUAAGGGCUUCAGAAAUUUGCUGCAUUUCUUGUGUUCAACCCAAACCCAGGGAACUUGGCACUAUUACUUAUCUCUAAGUAGUAAACAGCAACAAAGCUCAUGCUGGUUGUGAUGAAGGCCAUGUCAUCUUUGUGAAUGUUGCUGCUUUGUCACAUGGAAAGAGAAUAUUUAUGUGCAGAUUUGGUAUUGCAGAUUUGGUAUUGCAGUCUUGUAUCUGCUGAAUUUGCAUGUGCAGCUGCGAUCCUACCAAGAGAAUACUGCAUACCUGGCAAUGUGGACAUGCUGCUAUGGGAUCUUCCAGCUCACCUGUGCCAUGGAAGAUUGUCUCAUUUUUGAAGAAUGCUGUAUCUUGAGAUUCACAUUCCACUCCUCCAAGCUUAAAAGUCAUUUUAGUAUGCAUUUCUCUUUUUCCUAGCUGAAGGAAGACAUGCUACAUCUUAGGACCAUAUCCCCUCAGUCUUUGGAAAUGCUUUCCAUUGACAUCUGCAAGAACAGUGGAGGAGGAGGCUCUUUAGAAGAGAAGGACUUGUUACAGGUUUUGCUACAGCCCAAUCAAACAUGCUUUUUUCUGUAGCAGCAUCAUCAGCUUGUCCCACUUUUUGGCACUGAAAAUAACAGAGAAAUUCUCAAGAGAACAGUGUCCAGUAUUUGUUUCCUAAAUAUAAACUUCUGUGACGUUUCUUCAGCAUAAAUUAACAUGAUGCUGAAUUCAGGUUGAAGACAUUUUAGCUCACUGGGGGGGAAACAAAACCACAGUGUUUUGAGUUUCAGCUUGCCUCAAGUUGCAGUUGGUUCUCUUGUGAGUGCUGUGCUACGUGGUCUGCUGGCUUCCCAAGGUUCUGCACAGUGCUCUGUGAAGUAACCUUGUACUUGUGUACUCAGAGCUGAUGGCAGGGCGAGCUGUACAAUGACCUCAUGGUGGCAUGGUUUGCUGAAGACUCGCUCGGAUAAACCAUCGCAGCAACAUGCAGCACCAGCAGAAGAGUGGACUUGGUUCUGGCUUUGCUAUAAUAAGCUGCCAGCGUACAGUAACUAGGAGGAAGCAGGGCCACUAUUUGCUGAUCUUCCUGGCAGCUUUUAAGCUAUUUAUGUUUGUUUGAGAGACUUUUGACCCUGGGUGUGCUUUGGCAAAGAUUUUGCAAUGGUUAAGUAGGAUUUGCUCCAUUCUGGCAGUCUCAAAUGUAAGUAAUCCAAUGCUACAAGUACGUAAUCUGUUGCCGAAUUCCAUUCUUCUUGUUCUCACUCAGAUCUGUCCUUUUCAUUGCUGAUUUGUUAUGCGUAAAUGUAAAUUUUGUUCAACAUAACUGGUCACAAGCUCCCAAGAUGUGAAAUGCUAACAGGAGGAGACAGCAAAGCAUGAUUUUGUGUUCUUCCUGUGUGUGUGAUGCUGAAGCAUUCGCUACCAUAGAGUCCGAAAUUCUCUUUUAGCUGGUAUUGCCAAAGUACUACAACCUUCAAGGAAGAAAGGAGGCUUAGCUGUAGGGGGAUGUUUUACUGAACUACUUAAUUUUAAAAGCUGAGGCAUCACAUGGAACAAGUGGUGCUCCGGCAUUCUCCUUAUCACCUGAUCAUCGAGAGUCUCGCUCUGCCUCUCUUCCCACUUGGCAGGCCGCCCUGCUGCUGGAGCACAGCCCAUGUCCCCCUUUCCUAUGCCUCUUCCCAGCCCUGCCUGUGGAGCAGUGGUGAGCUGUGUGCUCCUGCCAUGCCACACGGCCAUGUGGUGGUAAUGGACAAGAUGUCUUCCUUCAUUACCCUGAGCAGAAAUCAGAAUGUAAUUUGCAAUGUCUGAUGUAACACGUGCUCUUUUUUUUUUUUUAAUUGAGCAGUAUGAUUGCAAGUUGACUUCAGUUGUUCUAAGGUACUCUUUUUGAUGGUCUGCCAGUACAUAAUCGUGGAUGAAAAUAUUUUUUUAUUGAUUUUUAGGUUGUACGUUAACAUUCCAUUCAUGUAAAAUAUGUACAAAUAUAUGUAAUAAAUCUUUUGAAGCACA